GAGUUGAUGAAAAAUAUUCCUAGUGAUGAUGUUGACAGAGGUUUAUAUGAGAAUAGUAGAUCUAAUAUCUUAGCUUCUCAGUCUGAAAAACGGUUAUCUAAUAAAUCUGUUGAGAGUUCCAAAUCUGCAUGUGCAUAUAAUCGCUCUUACAUGGAGAUAGCCCUAGUUGCACCAACGAUCGAAUCCAGACGUGGUGCUCCAUUACUAAAGCAUCUCCAUCUUAAACAAUCGGAAGAGGAAACAAUGGCCAAAUAUGUGGCUAUGUUGGAAUUUUGCAAAGAUUUGGAAAAAAUGAGGAUACUGAUCGAUUUAGUACACAGGCGUGAGAAAGAAAAGUUGAAGCGAGAUAGAUUGCAG